UCUGUCUUACCGGUCCAUCCAUGAGACAUGAGACACUUGAGAGCAGUAAAGCACCAGUCAACGUCCAGCACAAGCAUCAAAUAUAUGGAGAUAACAUUAUUCAUGUCCGGAUAUUACCCUCGAGUCAAAACGGAAUUCCAUUAUUUGGCUAUGAAUUUUAACACCCAGUUCGACUGCGUGCUUUCUCACAAUUUUGACAUCAUGUGACAUGUUGGACUAUCCAAUGGAGACCACUACAACACACAUCAAGCUAAAUAACCAGGCCAAGAGAAUUCUUGAACAUCUUGAACCCAAUGUCACAACCAUCUUGAAUGUGUCCGCCCCUUUCCACCAUCACAUGAACAAUGCAGUGUUAGGGAUACUCCUUGGAACACUGUCCCUUCUGACGGUUAUCAUGAACCUGCUGGUCCUUUUUGCCGUCAGAAAAGAAAGGACUUUACACACAGUUGGCAACCUCUACAUAGUAAGCCUCUCGAUAGCUGACCUCAUAGUCGGUGCCACGGUGAUGCCCUUGAAUCUAGUCUACCUGCUUGAGGAUGAAUGGAAGUUGGGCCGUGUCGUUUGCCAGUUCUGGCUGGUCAUGGACUACGUGGCAAGCACAGCUUCCAUUUUUAGUUUGUUCAUUCUAUGCCUGGACAGGUACCGCUCUGUCCGACACCCUUUACAGUAUUUAAAAUACCGGACGCGAGGAAGAGCUACAUUGUUGAUUUGUAGCGCGUGGCUUCUGUCCAUGAUGUGGACGAUUCCCAUUCUAGGAUGGCGGAUGUUUGCCCAAGUUGACAGGAAACCGGAGCUGGAGGACAAGUGUGACACGGACUUCCGCUUUGUGACGUGGUUCAAGGUUCUGACAGCCAUCCUCAACUUCUACAUCCCAUCUUUCCUGAUGCUGGUGUUCUACUCGCAGAUUUUCAUUGCGGUGCGAGAACAUUACAAAGAGUGGGAGAACUUUGCUGGUCCGAUGGUGAAAACAGAAGCAGACGAUACAUUACAAAAUGGAAUGCAGUUGCAGAUAACCAAAUCGUCUGUGAGAGAUAGUUUGGGCUUACAUGCAUAUUCUCAAAAAGAGGGCCUGUUGGAUCAGUACAGCUUGGAACAGCCUUACAAUGUGAAGGAAAACCCUGAGGUAAACACAGAUUCCUUUUCUGAGGUGAAGAAGAAAAGCUGUUGCAGGAAGAAAUCAAUGUUCGGUCUUUCGAAACGUAUGAGAAAGAGUGUAAAAGAGUCCAACGAAAUUUCCUCCCAGAGCGAUGAUGGAGAAACUGUUGCUGGAGACCCCCUCAGACAGCCCUCCUUAUCUCUAGGCUUUCUGCAGUCAGACAAUAACAUACAGCCUAAAACAUUCGUAAAUGUAAACGAUUGCAACGUGUUAGUGCCAAAUUCCGUUGGCAACAUUUGUGAGAUUGCGCCUACAGAGGAUAUUCCCAAUUACACCGCUGUUUUCUGCAAUCACGGAGCACCGCCGUCGCCACCCUCCCCAUGGGCAGAAAACAGCCCUCCGCUGGAUGCCACCAAUUCACUGCCUGUAAAGCAAACAUGGCAGAAGCUCUGCGAACAAUCUAAACAGAGCGUCCACAGCAUGCGCAUCCGUAAGGAGAGGAAAGCUGCCAGGCAACUCGGCUUCAUCAUUGGCGUCUUCAUGGUGUGCUGGAUCCCAUAUUUUAUCACCUUCAUGGUGACGGCUUUGUGUGAAACUUGUGUUCAUCAUGACCUUCACAUGUUUACAAUUUGGCUGGGGUACAUCAACUCCACUCUGAAUCCCUUCAUAUACCCUCUGUGCAAUGAAAACUUCAAAAGAGUGUUUAAAAAGAUUUUUCAUCUUAAUUGAUAGAGCGCUUAUACUAUAGGAGACUACUUGAACAGUGUAAAAACCGUGCUUUGAACAGUGUUUCUUGUGAUGUUGUGAAAGAUUUGUUAGUAACCACACUGGUGUCCAUCUGUUCUCAUUUUUGGCACCAGUGACCUUGUAAGUGUAAAGAAAUGUUGUUAUUUAUCAUUGACACACCUGCAAUCUGCAUCAGAUUAUAUUAUUUAUCCAUCACAAAAUUGUGUCCAAUCCAGAGUGUUUUAAAACUGGGUGUAUUUAAGCACCUGCACAGCUACUGUAAGAUGAAGCUUUUAGAUUUUAAACACAUUGUGUAACAAGCAGUGUUGGGUAUAACUAGUUACUAAGUAAUUAGUUACUGUAAUUUAAUUACUUUCCCUUGAAAAAGUAAAGUAAAGGAUUACUCUUAUUUUUUCUGUAAUUUAAUUACAGUUACUUCUGAUGUAAUUUAACUAAAUACUGUGUAAUAUAAUUUUGAUGUCAAUUCCACUAUUGACUAUAAGUCUAACUUAUGCUUUAAUGUAUCUUUCUCACAUUUGUAAUACUUUGGUCAGUUAAUAAGAAUGAUUCAUGUAGUUAUUUAUUUCAAUAAAUUAAAUAAGACAUUUCAUGUCCAUCCUUGAAUCAAUUCUAAUUCGGGUUGAUGUAGGAUAUAGAAAGUAACAAGUAAUAAAAUACUUUUUGGAGAGAGUAAUUUGUACAGUAAUCUAAUUACACUAUUGAAUAUGUAAUUAGUAACUAGUAAUUAAUUACUUUUCAGAGUAAUUUACCCAACACUAGUAACAAGUACCUGCAGUAUUUUAAUACAGUACGUUGUUUCCAUUCAUCUUAAAAUGCAGUAUAUUUAGCUGCUUUUGCCACGUUAAUUCAACCGUAAUUCGGAGCUUAAUGUGGAGAGCAUAUUUUUGAUAGCAUCUACAUUUACAGUUACAUUUAUGCAUAAAGCAGACGCUAUGGAUUACACUGCAUUAUACUACACAUUUUUUGUUUUUGUUUCUGAGUAUGUGCAAUCCCUGGGGUUGAAGCCAUGACCUUGGCGCUGCUAGCGCCAUGCUCUAACCACUGAGCUGAAGGAAAGCUAAAAGCAAUUUCAUUACAUUUGGUAGAGUUAUAUUGAAUAGCCAUUUAAACUUUUGCAAAUUAUCUGUAUACAUGGAAUACCAAAAUAUUAUAAAACAUGUAUUAUACAAAGCGCACUGUGUUAGAUCCUAUAUGGACCACAGAAGAAAACAGUGAAGAUUCUACUGCAUACUGUAUUCUCACACACUGUUGCGACACUGAAUUGAUAAUAAAAAGAAAGUCGCUACAAAGGACUAAUGUGGUGAAAAUUCAAUUAUAUAAUUAUGUAUAAUAGUAAAUGCAGUGAAGUCUCCAUUUCUAAUUUUGCUUGGAACACUGAAGGCAUUGUCAGCCUUCAGUUAAUGCCUGUCACUCAUUAUAAUGCCACGUGAUUGAUUCAACAAAACCCACAAUUUAAUUAGAGUUAAUUAGAUGAUUCUUUGUAAUAAACUGGGAAGUGUGUCUUGGAGAAUGUUCUAGAGAAUAUAAGACAAACAGUAC